AUGAUAUUAAUGAAGUCUGCGGCGUGGGUGUGUAGGUACCAUUUCGAUUCGUUAGCGCAUGCCAAUUGCUCCAAACUAGCGACCAUCAAAUCCAUCACGGUACCGGAAGAUGUGAGACAGUUUACGGAGCCGCCAGCGAUCGUAGCGGGGCCUUCCACAAGUCUAUCGAGCAAGGGAGGAGACGGUAGUGGCAAGGCAAGAAGCACGCCGGAGCCGGUGCGCUGUUACGGGCUCCAAUCGGUCGCCAAGUUCAACGGCUCCGAGGCCGAGGCACACGACGUGCACAUCUGGAUCGGCUUGUGGCGGUUGAAGGGGAUCGGCAAUCAGGGCCAUGGCACCGACCUCGUCCUCUCCUUCAAUAUUCCCAGUGAGAGACGGAUUCUCUUUUAG